ACAAAAUCACAAAAAAAUGGGAGAGGUUGAUCCAGCUUUCAUCCAAGAACCUGAACACAGGGCUAGAAUCUCCUACAUCGAAGGUGAAGGCAUCCCAGUAAUCGAUCUUUCUCCAUUGCACUCCCCCAACGAUGUUUCUGCUUUUGAAGGCCUUGUUAAAGAGAUAGGCAAUGCAUGCAAAGACUGGGGGUUUUUCCAGGUGAUCAACCAUGGGGUUCCUUUGGAGAAGCGCCAGAAGAUUGAGAAAACAUCUAAGAGGUUCUUUGCGCAGAGUUUGGAGGAGAAGAGGAAGGUGAAAAAGACUGAGAAGCUGGUGUUGGGUUACUAUGACUCUGAGUAUACCAAGAAUGUUAGGGACUGGAAGGAGGUGUUUGAUUUUAUUAUAGAGGAACCCACUUUAUUCCCGAAUUCACAUGAGCCUGCUAAUGACAAAGAACUCGCAGGGUGGACUAAUCUGUGGCCUGAGUACCCACCUGAGUUUAGGGAAACAUGCCAAGAAUAUAUUCAAGAGAUGGAAAAACUAGCAUUCAAGUUGAUGGAACUUGUGGCUCUGAGCUUAGGCUUACCAGCAGAUAGGUUCCAUGGCUUCUUCAAAGAUCAAGUCAGCUACGUUCGACUCAAUUACUAUCCGAUAUGCCCUUUUCCUCACUUAGCGCUUGGUCUAGGUCGGCACAAGGAUAGUGGUGCCGUGACCAUCCUAGGUGAAGAUGGUGUUCCAGGAUUAGAAGUGAAACGAAGAAAAAAUGGAGAGUGGGUUCGGGUCAAACACAUCCCAGAUGCUUAUAUCAUCAACAUUGGUGACAAUAUUAAGGUUUGGAGCAAUGAUGAGUAUGAGAGUGUAGAGCACAGGGUAAUGGUGAAUUCAGAAAAAGAAAGGUACUCCUAUCCAUUUUUCUUACUGCCGGCACUUUCCACUGUGGUUGAACCCUUGGAGGAGUUGACGAAUGAGCAAAACCCUGCUAAAUAUAGGGCAUACAAUUGGGGAGAGUUUAUAAGUAACAGAAAUCAGAGUAAUUAUCAAAAACAAAAAGUUGAAAACCUGCAAAUUAGUGAUUUCAAGAUAUCAGAGUAA